UAGAAGAGAUGAAGCGAGAACUUGGCACCGAAGAAGAUCCUACUAUGGACAAGGAGAAGCUGAAGAAGAUGAAAGGAGACUUAGAAGAAGAGGAGGAGGAGCGUCAGGAGACGGGCUUCGUUCAUCUGAAUGGGGAUCUUCUUUUCGAAGUUCUCAAGCACGUCGACGCACGCUCACUAGCCUCUGCGGCCUGCGUUAACAAACAAUGGAACAAGACUGCGCGGGACGAGAGGUUAUGGGAGAUGAUCUGCACUCGUCACUGGGCCAACACUGGUUGCGGCCCUGAACGAUUCCGCUCUGUCGUUCUAGCUCUCGGUGGUUUCCGUGGACUCCAUUCCCAAUGCCUCAUGCCCCUUCUUAAACCCCCUUCGUUACAUUCGCCCUCGCCUUUGUUCACUUCUUCAUCUUCUUCUUCUUCUUCUUCUUCUUCGUCAUCGUUGUCUUUCCUCCCUGCGUUUCCUUCGCCGGUUCUUCCAUCAAAGUCACCAAUCCCUUGGGGGAAAGACGAGGUUCAACUCUCCCUCUCUCUCCUCUCCAUUCGCUAUUUCGAGAAGAUGAAUAAACGCAAAGGAGACCCAUGGACUUAA